UCCAUUGUUAUGAUCUGAAAAAUCAUUUAUAAUUUGUCUUUCGUCUUGUUUGUCAAAGAAUCAUGGAAUUUAAUUUCAAAAAGAUGAUUGUGUAUGCUUAGACUUGACCAUGAAGAACACAUAGAAAUAAAGCUAUUUGACUCGGGCUUGAUGGAUUGGCUGUGAACCGCGAGGGUUUGUUUCUAAAAGUGAAAAAGUGACUGUAUCAUGCCAGAUUGAAGUAUGUCUACCUUCGAAACCAGCUACCAGCCUCUGCGGACUUUUGAAGAAGAUGAUGGCGAGACACCACCCAAUGAAAACAUCAUCCACGUUGUGCCAGAAAAUGGGAAAGCACGUUGGAAUCAUAUUGAGAAUCUUGAUGAGUUUUUUACCCGUGUCUACCAUUAUCACCAACGGAAUGGCUUCCUGUGUAUGUUUAUAGAGGAUGCACUCCAGUUACUGCAACUUGCAUUCGUUGUCUUAUUCUCGACGUACCUGAUCGAGUGUGUCCACUACGACAUCCUGUUCGCGAAUGUGGCGUUCAAUGUUUCGCACAAAGUGACGAUUCCCGAGUCUGUGAUUCCAAUCAAUCAAUGUAUUGGACAGUUGAAUUCAGCAAUUGUAAUCUGUCUAAUCAUCGCGCUGGUGUUCUGGAUGUUCAGGUUCAUUAAGAUCAUCUACAAUGUCUUCAGAUAUUCAGAGAUCCGAGCAUUCUAUAUCAACGCCCUUAAAAUUACAGCGGAUGAUAUGUCUAACAUGACAUGGCAUGAAGUCCAGCGACGGAUGUUGGACGUUCAGAAAGAACAGCAGAUGUGCAUACACAAGCAGGAGUUGAGUGAACUCGACAUCUACCACCGUAUCCUGAGGUUCAAGAACUACAUGAUAGCCAUGGUGAACAAGUCCAUCUUGUCCAUCAAAUAUCCAGUGCCAUUUUUUGGGGAAUAUAUCUUUCUGAGUAGUGGUUUGAAGUAUAACCUGGAGAUGAUUUUAUUUUGGGGUCCAUGGUCACCAUGGGAAAACUACUGGCACUUGAAAUCCGACUUCAAAAGUGGCCAGAAACGAAAGGAAUUAGCUGAACAUUUGGCCCAACGCAUCCUGUGGAUAGGUAUUGCCAACUUUGUCCUGUGUCCUGUGAUAUUUCUCUGGCAGAUUUUGUAUUCAUUCUUUCGAUAUGCUGAGUUGAUCAAGCGAGAACCUGGGAGUCUCGGGGCUCGGCGCUGGUCGCACUAUGCAAGGCUUUAUCUCCGACACUUCAACGAAUUGGACCAUGAGUUCAACGCCAGACUGAGUCGAGGUUACCGACCAGCUUCUAAAUACAUGGCCAUAUUUACAUCUCCUCUUGUUGUGGUGCUCGCCAAAAACAUCUUAUUUUUUGCUGGCUCUGUUCUGGCAGUGUUGAUUAUCCUGACAGUGAUAGAUGAAGAUACUCUGAGUGUUGAACAUAUACUGACCACUAUGACCAUCUUAGGUGUCGUCGUAACCAUAUGUAGGAAUCUAAUACCAGACGAGCAUAUGGUUGCCUGCCCCGAAACACGUAUGGAGCGAAUCCUUGCCCAGAUACACUACAUCCCCGACCACUGGAAGGGGAGUGCACACACAUACAAGGUCCGAGAUGAGUUUGCCCAACUUUAUCAGUAUAAAUGUAUCUACCUAUUGGAGGAAUUGUUCAGUCCUAUCAUCACCCCUCUCAUCCUGUGCUUCUCACUCAGACACAAGUCGUUGGAGCUUGUGGAUUUCUACCGCAAUUUCACAGUCGAGGUGAUCGGUGUCGGUGAUGUGUGCUCUUUUGCUCAGAUGGACAUAAAACGCCAUGGCAACCCAGAGUGGGUUGGUCAAAUUGAGAUUAAACCUAGUCGUUCAGAGCAGGCGGAGCAUGGGAAGACAGAAUUGUCACUCAUGCAUUUCACUUUAACGAAUCCCGAAUGGAAGCCGCCAGAGGACUGCAGUAUGUUCCUCACCAACAUCAAGGAAGAGGCCCAGCGAGAGAUGAACUCAUUUGGCAUGCCUGUACAGGGUGUGGGUGACAACGCUCUCUUCAACUCCAUCAACACACUAUCUUCCAUGGGCCCAGGCUAUACCAGUGUAAUGUCAAGCCUGGCUCAACCCAGCAUGGGGCAGUGGCGAUCACAGCAGUCUCCCAGCAUGGGGCAGUGGCGAUCACAGCAGUCUCCCAGCAUGAGUCCCAGUGGAGUCCAAUUCCCUUCCAGACAAACCGCCCUGCCAAGACUCCGUGGAGGGGUCAGUAAAUCUGAGGGUCCACUUACAGGGAGCGAGCAUGGGUUAUUGAGCAGCCUGACAAGCUCUGGUGCUAUGGGGAGCAGUGGAGGUGGCCCGCCCCUGACGAGCAUGCCCUCACUUGGACCGUUAUCGAUUUCCAAUGUUUAUCUUCAUAACGCUGGUGGCCAGCCAGUGGAAGAGGGCAUAAGAGAAAUGUUAUCUGCAGAGAUGAAUCUGAGUGCCCUCUAUAUGCAUGAGCUGCAUCAACGCCACAGGGCUGGCCGGCCUGGAUACCUGGACUUGGAUGAUAUGCGGGCAAAGGCAGUCUGGCAGUACCAAGAUCAAGGUAUGCCAAGCAUCCACGAAGAAGGUGAAGGGAACGACGGUGCCACGUCCCAGCCCCCUGAGAACCUACCAGGAGGUGCCGUCGGUGGCACAUCAACGCCAGGAUACCGCUGGGGAGGCAGACAGACUGGAGGGGACCCCAUGGAAGUGGAAAUGAAACCCCUGCAGCAAGCUUUAGUGCAUUUUGAGGAUGAUUCUAAGGAGAGUGAUGAUAAGUCUCCACAAGUAUGAUGAAAAUGAUGUUUUUCACAAACAGUUUAUUUGAUGAAGUGCAUGGCAUAUAUUUUCGGAUUUUCAUUAUAGUUUAACUCAUUUCGUUCUGCACCGAAAAUGUGGUGUUAAUUUAGGAGAUUAGUAAUAUGCCAAUAGAAAGUAACUUCACUUUGGACAAGGGGGUCUAACACAUAUACAUGUGCUUUUAACAGCUUCUUGCGUCAACUACUAUAAUAAUUCAUUGUCCAAGAUGACUCUUAUACAGUUCUGCUCAACACUUUCAAGCUUUAUAACGGCAUGAGGCAUCUCCUCAAGUUUUACAACAUAUUCAUGAUGACCCAUUCCGAUAUUUGUGGUGGAAUGUACACUCAUGCAGGUUGUGCAGACAUGAUGUCCUGCAGGGCCAGAAACGUUUAGAUUUGCUGCUAUGAUUGUGAUACGCUUGUUUCCUAGUGUUCAGUUGUGGUUUCCAACCUUCACUGAGUUCUGCUUGAGCCUUCUGAUAAGACCACCAAGUUAAUGGUACUAGAAGGUGUUGGUGUCUCCAUGGACUGAGUAACUGCUUGUUGGUGUAACUUGGAUGUGUUCGAUGUGUAUUGGCUUGUUACACAUGUUGUACGAUCUGUAUGUAGUGUCACAGGUCGGGAUUGACUGAGGUUUGGAAUCAUAUCUUAAAGACACCACAUGGAAUUCUGCUGUAAGAUAGUCAGGAGUAACAACACCCUGUAUAUUGUUAUAUUGAGAAAUGAGUUAAGAAUGUAAAUAAUCUGUAAAUGUAUAAGUUAUUGUAGUUAUUGCCUGGACUGUUGUCAAUGUUGUUGUUGGUGGCUGAUACCAAAGCAUUUUUUCCCGAGUUUCUCAACACCUUGACUAAAGUUUUACUUUGAAAAGUGACAGUGCUUGGAUUUGAAUACGACUGAAAGAGCUCAGCUGGUAGGCAUUAGAAGCAUACAUGUAGUUCUUCUCUCUGUAGGUUUGUUGCUUGGUGGGUGAAGGGGAAGGAUAGGGUUCUAGGUCUGUAUGGGCCAUAUCCCUGUACGGUAAGAGAAGUAGUCCUUGGUAUUAGGACACAUACUUGACUUCUACAUGUAUGUUGUAUUAUGAUGCACACCUCUGCUAUAUAUUCAUAAUACAGACAAUCCUUUCAGGGAAGUUCAUUCUUGGAAACAACCAGGGUGGAUUUUCUGAUUUUCCACACUUUGAACAAGCCAGUCACGUGGCUGGCGAAGUAAGGGUUGGUCAGACAGGCUGUGGUUGUGUUAACUCACUAGGUGUCGUAGCGGAUGCUAUCUUACUAUAAUUGUCACAUCAGUAUUGUGAUUUGUUAUCAAUUGUACAUUGUAAUCUGUAAAUAAAAGAUAUAAGUCUUGUUUUUCUUUAAA